GGUCCGGGUACGUAAAUGCCGCGUGCUCAUCACUCGCAGACACUUUAGAAUGCAGCCAGUAUCUUUAAGAUGCGAAAGAUGGACGGAGAUCUUAAGUGGCGUAAAAGCGAAAACGGGAGUACUGACGAUUCGGGGAGAUGUACGGAUUUUAAGAACAAGAUUUUCUUUGGCUCUGUACCUUGAUCUCCAUCACUUUGCCAUGCCCAAAGGAUACAGAAAGUUCAAUCUCCAAGUUAAACAUGCUCAGUCCGAUUAAGAAUUUGACCGAUAAUAAAAUCUUACAGGGGUGGAAUUUUUGUAACUCAAAGUUUUCAGCAAAUAUAGGUUUGCAAGGGGUGAUUAAUAUCUCAAAUGAUUAUUAAAGUCAAUACAUUCGAACUGCAAAAAGUCAAAUUCGUUGUUUACUAUUCAUUGUUGUUACAAAUAUUUUGGGUUAGUCAGCUUUGAACUAAAAUUCAACAUCAACUCGAAUGAAACCCAUAGGUAAUACAAUCCAACUAUCUUCAUGCGAAUACGAGGAGUGUUGGCCAUGUAUCUGAUGUUUCUUCGCCUGCUCUUCCACUGCACCAACGGUCACUUAUUGCGACACAGAUCCCUGCACAAGCGAAUGAUCAAUCCCCGUGAGCUCUUAAACGAUUUUGCUGCAAUCAAGGAACUAGGAACCAGCGAUUCUGGUAGAUCAGUAGCUUUGUACGAUAAUGGAGGAGCUUUGCCAGGAUCAGGAGCAGAAACGGGAGCAGGAACAGGUCCUCCCAAGGAGAGCUCCAGCAAGGAGUGCAACAUGCAGACAAAGUGCAAUGUUAAGUCGAUCAUUACUCCCGGAGAUCCCAAGCAAAAGUCCUCGAUGAUCGCCAUGAAAGCUGCCCAGGAUGCAAAGGCGGCCAGUGAAGCACAAUCGGCCGCUGGCCUUGCUGCAGCCCAACACAUCAAGAUGGAACUCGCGGAGAAGGCCUUUCAGUCGGCCAAGGCCGCCGAGGCAGCUCUGAUGGGCAAGCAGAUGAUGCUCGAUCAGCUGGAGCAGGAGGUCCACGAAGCUAGUGCCGUAAUCGAGGAGGAGACCAACUCCAUCCAGCACACGGAGGCCAAUAUGAAUGCCGCCGUGGAGGCCGUUAAGGUCGCCAUGCAGCAAUUCGAGACCAUCAACGAGCUGCAAAAGACCUCCAAGGAGGCACUGGCCAAUAUCCAGACGGUGGCCAUAGGAUCGCAGCAGGAAAUGGCCACCAAGUCGCAGCUCCUGGAAGCCGCUCGCAACCGGUUGGCCGUGCUCCAAAAGCAUUUGGUGAGUGCCCACGACGACUAUGAGAAGACCAAGCAGGCCGCCUACAAGGCAGCCUGUGCCGCCGUGGAAGCCAAACAGAGGGCUGGACCCUCAUACCCACAAUAUUAUAUUUUUUAAAUCGAUAUACCUUAAGGCAGCUUUAAUAUAUAAUUGAUCCAACGAA